UGGAACUGGGCAAAGCAGCAUCAAAAGUCACUUCUGAGCAUGCUCCGCCCAGUUCCAAAAUGGCGGCAGCGCUACUUCCGGCCUGCUAUUUCCACCCGGUCCCUUAUUUCUCUGACAGCAACUUGGCAGGUAUGAUGACCGCUCAAUCAAGGGGACUCUGAAACAAGGACUCCUCAUGGAAAGAAAUGUGUUACUCAUCUCAGCAGGUCUUAACAUGGGCUGAACCUCUUAACUAGCUUGCCCUGCAAGGAUCCUAGUCCCCAUUCAGGGUUAAAAACUAGCAGGGCGACACAGGCAUUUUGUGCCUAAAGAUUCUCUAUUUGCGAUCACCUCAAAAAGUUUGGGUGCCAUUUUUUUUUUUGCACCUGGCUGACACUCAAGGAUUACUGAAAUGUGUAUGUUUCGAAGCCUGGAAGUAUAUGUUAAGGAUAGACAAUAUGUUAAGGCGUUUAACAAUAAAGAGUAGAGUGUUUUGAAUACUGAAGUAUGGUAGCAAUAUUUUUAUUGUAAACACCGAAUUAAAUAUUUAUUAACAUUUUCUGUUAAAAAUGUGAUAUUAACAAUGUGUCAUUUAUGUGAAUUGUGUAUUAGUUCAUGCUUAUCAAAUUAAUAAAAGUACUGCUGACCCCCCCCCCCAUGGCAACUAGACCAGUUGCAGAGAACAUGGAGCAUGCUAAGGGCCCCAAGUUCAGUUCCCAUAAUUUGCCAUUGAAAAGAAUCAGGCAGUAGUUGAUGGGAGAGCUGAAGAUGAUGAACAGUCAAUGGCAGUCAGUUGCAUACUCUAAUAGGGAGGAAAGACAACUGCACAAUGCAGUUCCUUAUACUCCUAAUUAUGUUCUUUUAUCAGAGAUUCUGUUUCUGUUAUUCUCCACCCCCCACCCCUGUAUAUUUUCUGGAAUCUGCUUUUUGCAUUCUCUUCCUUUUUCUGCCUCGUUCUCUGUCUUUGCUUAGCAACUACUCAUACGUCCUUAGGGAGGCUCACCUCACAGUUUAAGAAACAGGCAGCUAGAUACAGUCAUGGACUUGUACCUGCAUGUUAAUUUGAAUCCUGCGUUUCUAGUAAACACUGCUGCAAAUGUGUCUCUUGAGCCAGUACUAUAACUAAUCAGUGUUCUCUCCCUCAGGCUUUAGAAACUCAACACUGACAAUAGUAACAAAGACAGUUUAGGAUGGCAAGGUGGGGGAGAGUCUUUUCUAAAUGAAAGGCUCUUGGCAUUUUUGAGAAAUUAUCCAAAUUUUGUCUCUAAAUAUCUAGUUCCUCUUGAAUCAAAUAGUUGAUUCCGUUCCAUUAUAAAUGAAGUGUGGGUUCCCAGAACACUUAUUAAACUAUGCUGAUAAACAGCAAAUACUAAAAAUCAAAGGGAUAGGAGGAAUAUGCAAGAAUUCAGGGCAGGAGUAGCCAGUGUGGUGCCAGAUGUUGUGGGCCAGAAUCUCAAGAGUUGGUUCAGUCAGUAGAGCAUGAGACCCUUAAUCUCAGGGUCAUGGGUUUGAGCCCCAUGUUGCACAAAAGAUUCCUGCAUUGCAGGUGGUUGGACUAGUAGACCUUCAUGGUCCCUGCAACGGCACUUUCCCCCUGGCGCAGUUGGGCCCGCCCCCACUUAAAUAUAGUGCACCCACCUCACAGAACACCAAUUCCACGAAUUCCUACAAACUACCCCAGAUUAUCUUGUGGGUGACUUGUAUGAGGGAAAACUUAAUAAUUUGGAGUCUCAGGCAGGAUUUGUUCAAAUAAACAAGAAUGAUUUUAUUAAAUAAAGGAAGUUUAUGACACAAAAUGGGUAAAACAUAAGAUACUUCAGAUUAUAAUGUUAUUUCACUUCAGUUCUUUCUCAGUUGUUGCAUAGCUGUUGCCACUUAAUACUUUGGUUCUUAAACAAGGUGGUAUUUUCUGUCAGUUACACACCCCUUUGACAACCCUACUCCUGAGGUACUCCAAGUAACAAACACAAGGGAUCACCAUAUCCCUCUUAAUUGGUUUGGGAGUCUUUUUGUAGAAGAAUCUCUCCCCUCCUGACUGGAAUGAGACCUAGGUAGACUGUAUCUUUCCCGAUUCUACUUCUCUUGGGUCAGCCUCAGCCUCCUAGUUAAUUCCUGGGCUAUUACUCUUACUGGACACCAUACACUGUCCUUCACACUAAGCUCAGAGACUCCUUUUUCUAACUUGUGAUAUAUUCCUCAAAGUGGAUUUUUCUACCCAGAACCAACUCUCUCCUCCCACUCCCUAUCUCCCAACCUAUUCUCCCAACCUCUAUCCCAAUCUACAAAAUUGUCUCUCCAAUCCUCUUAUUUUCAACCCCCUCUCCAAUCAUAAGCUGCUGUUCAUUAACCAUUUGCUAUGAUUCUAUGAAGUCCCAUCCUUCCUGACAUUGGAUAUGCUGCCAGGGACUAAUGAGAACUGUUGUCCACAACUUCUAGAGGGCUUGUGGACAUUUCCUCUCAGCUGUUAAGGUAAAACAGAUGCAAAGUCAAAACACCACAUCUUGGGGCUGAAAGAGUGUGUGUGUGUGUGCUUGCUUAUAGCUGAGCUGAGUUGCAUGCACAGACAUUUGUAUGACUGUCCUCUCCGUUCCUUGGAUAAUGCCUGUGUGUGUGUGUGUAAGUAAGAGAGAGCAUUUCCCCACAUUACACUUUUGGGUUAGAUCCGAGUUGCUCCUCUGUACUUGCAAAGGGUGGUGGUGGUUCUGACAACUUCACCUCCACCUGCAGGUCCCCACGGUAAACCCUUCACCAUUUUCAAGAGUCCCCUAGGAGCAGAUGGGGCAGGGUGCCAUAGAGAGAGGGGGAAGCAGGGAAGGCAUGUUGCAUGAAUGUGAACUCUGUUCUGUUUGUGGAAGGAAGGAAAGUUGAGAUGCAAGCCAUUGUCUUUGGCUUAAAACAAAAACAUCCUCAGUGUUAAUAUUUUUAGAUGUACAAGACCAAUUUGGUUUGCUCCUUAAUAUGUUACUCGUUUUACGUGUUUUGAGAUCCUAGUUGGAUUUUCUCUCUCUCAAGACUCAUUUAAGUAUUGCUUUCUAAAUGGUGACCUUCGCCUGCCAUUUAAGCACAGUCAUUACAGUUUUCUUCCUUUUAAAAUAUGAUUCCUAGCUGAAGUAGUGGAACUUCCCUGACCUUUUCUUCAGAAGCUUAUGCAACAGGAACUUUGUAGCAAAGCAAACAGAGGAAUGAGGGGAAGGGAGGAGAAAAUCUCAUUUAACUUUGCUCUUUGCAUUUUUCCCGAUGUUGUGACCCCUUACAUACCAGCUGGUGGGUUUCCCAAGAUUUCUCUUUUCUCUUUGCCUUGAGACCUCCUAGCCUGAGUUUUUGGGUCCAUGUGUGCCUUUUUGUGCCUUAUUUAGGGAGAUAAAAAUCUGCCAACCACUUUGAGACUAUGCGUAGCAAUGCUGCAGCAGUUCUUCCUUCCAUCAGCAGGUUUCCAGAUCCCACAAGACUAGGAUGAUAAAAUCUGGAGAGACCUGGAUAAUUUAAAUAUUUAUGCUCCAGCCAUGAUCUAUGGCUUGGGUGACUAACCUUUGGCUCUGCUGAUGUUGUUGGACUACAACUCCCAUCAUUUCUGUCCAUUGAUGAUGUUGACUGGGGCUGAUGGAAGUUGGAGUCCAAUAACACCUGAAGGGACACAGGUUAGCUAUCCCUGAUCUAAGGGGAAUUUUAUGGUAGAUGUAUUAAGGAUUUAUUGGAGAGUACUUUCUGCGAUUUUAUGGAGAGUACUCUCUGGGGUUUUUAUAUUGUUGUAGGUAUGAACAUUUUAUUAGAAGGUACAUUCAUGAACUCCUACAUACACUAGCAACGUAGGAGUUUUGUGUAGAAAUGCAAUUGAAGGAUAUGGGGGUCCCAUAAUAAUAUUACAGGUGAAACUCGGAAAAUUAGAAUAUCGCCGAAAAGUGCAUUUAUUUCAGUAACGCAACUUAAAAGGUGAAACCAAUAUAUGAGAUAGAUGCAUGACAUGCAAAGCAAGAUAUGUCAAGCCUUUAUUUGUUGUAAUUAUUUGUUGUUAGGCGGGUCAAUUAUAAAUGGAAUGUAAUUAAUGAAAUGUAAUAGCGAUGUUUAUUUUUGUUUAUUUUUGUAUUUUUGUAAUUAUUUGUUUUAUUACUGUGGAAUUUCCAAAAGAAAGCUUUGUAAAAAUUAAAAUUAAAAUAAAAUAAUAAGUUGCAUUACUGAAAUAAAUGCACUUUUCGACGAUAUUCUAAUUUUCCGAGUUUCACCUGUAUAUUCCCUUCAUUGGCUGUUUCUCUUAGGCAGUGUUGCUCACAGUGGUGAAUUGCUUCCUACCCCGUAGAUGAGGAUCCUGUGGCAGUCUUCCAGAUGUUGUUUGAUUCCUAUCAGCCACAGUGAGCAUAGUUAGUGGUCAGCAAUGACUGGAGUUGUUGUCCAAAAACAUUUGACAGGCCACCAUUACUUCACUACCUUAACUGCUGUGCGAAUAGCAUACCCAUAACAUACACUGACCCUUUCCUAUUUGUUUCAUUGUUCCACAGCAGCGCUCCAUAAUCUAUUCAUGUUUGCAUACAUGUCUGUAUGUAUGGCUCUAUUUAGUCUCCUGGUUCAAAAGUUUAUGUAUUGGACUUCUGUACCAUUUUUAUUUUAAAAAUGUCCAGGGUAGUUUACGAAGUAAUAAUAGAAAUACUGUACAAUAAAACAAAACAAAACUGUAGUGUAAAAGGACCAAGUGAGAAACUCCUUGGGUGAUAAAGCCCAGGGGAAAUAAAUUAAAAAAAUCUGUACCUGGCCCUAAAAAGACAUCAAAGUAGGUGUUGGGUGAUGUUCCCCAGGGAGAGUUCCACAAAUGGGAUGACACAACAGAAGAGGCUUUCUCCCUGAUCACAAGGGCACCCAGAGAAGGACCUCUCCAGCUUGAUGUAGAAGCAGACAGACCUUUAGGUACCUGGAUCCCAAGCCACUUAGGGAUUUUAAGGGUAAACAGCAGUGCUUUGAAACGAGCUUGUGGAGUUAUUUAAGCAUAAGUUAAAUACCAUAUAUGUUCCCAACAGCUAAUCCAAUCUCAGGUAGUACAAAAUGCAACUGCUAAAAUGCUGCCUAUAGCUUCUAGGCAAUCUUCAACUGAAGUCCCAUGGUAAUCAUGUGUGGAGGUUAGCAUGACCAAUGAUACCACCCUUUGCCAUGCUGGGGGAAAGGCAGAAAAUAAGGGAAAGCAUGUCAGUGGGGUUUUUUAAAGAUUACUUUAUAGGGGUAAUUACUUUUCAGAAGUGCAGUCUCUAGGGUUUUAUUAGAUAAAUCUAUUUUGUGUCCAUUUUAAAAAAAAUGUAUUUGUUGUGAAUUGAUGGUCUCUUUUGAUAGCACAGCUGAAAAUGUUCUCAUGUGGGCAGUUUUUCAUAACUAGGUGACUUUAGACAGAUCAGCACCUCAUGGGAUUCUGAAUAGAACUGCAAAGAAAGCACAUCAGGAUGAGUGUAUUUGUGGUUUUAUAGAGCUGUUGCUUGCCUCUAUAGUUUUCUUUAAUUGCUUAAAGACUGAGCAGUUUGAAAGUGUUUGAAAAGAUUCUGACUUCAUUUGCAUGCUUUGUUCAUAGCUGCCUUGGGAGAAUUACAGAAAUGCUAUCUUUAAUGCCUAACCUAGUUCUUCUGAUUUUUCAUCACUGCCUUGGGCAACUGGAAGGUCCAGCCUGCAUCCUGUAUAGUAGAGCUAAGACAAAACUGUAUUUGGUUUUUUAGGCUUUGUUUUUGAAAAACAUCCCCCAUGACAUCUGUCCAGUUUCUGAACACGUGAGCCCCCCCAAAAUUGAUUCUAAAGACACCUGGGAACUCUGUAGUCCUUGAACAGUCCCAUAAGAGCCAAUAAAAACUGUGAUUUUUGAACCGCUCAGACCAAGCUUGGACAAGUUUUCAACCUGACUUAACCAUAAUUUAAGCAGAGUACUUUAUAGACUCUUUAUGUGUCUGGCUACAAGUCCAUGCAAUUGUAGGAAGUUUGGGUGAUCUGGGAGAGGGAGUUACAGAAAGGGACUCUGCCUAAACUUUAGCUCUGUUAUAUCAGGAAACUAGUCUGAGCUUGGUUAGGCAAGCUCAGGGAUUGCACAGAUCCUUUAUUGAACUGAACCCUUUGGGACUGUUUAGUUCCCUGGAACCUUAAAAUCUGGCCUUGGAAGCUAUUGCAAAGCUCUCUCUCUCUCUCUCUCUCUCUCUCUCUCUCUCUCUCUCUCUCUCUCUCUCACACACACACACACACACACACACACACACCAUUUAUUGUUUUUUGUAAGUCACCCAGAUAAAUUAACAUUAUGGGCAGCAUGCAGAUGUCUGAGAUGGGUAUAGAAAUAUACUAGGUUGCUUCUGCAUACUUCCACUGUGGUACAAGUUUUCCCUUUCUGUUGUAAUAUACUGAAUUUACUCUGUAUGUGGAGCUAUAAUACUGAGUUUGUACCUAAUUUUAUUUGGAAAGUGCAAAAUCUCUCUUGGGAGCCUGAGCAGACUUCCCCCCUCCGACAUUGUAGUAGCUUGAUCUGAAAACUGAAGCAUUUUACAAGUUGACAAAGUAGGUCGCUUCUUUUCAGGGUUUACUUUCCCAAUCCUUCCCCAAGUUCAGUCAGUAAGAGUAUGAGCUAGGAUAUGCUACUGUUCUUCUUGGCUCCAUCUUGGGCAUUCAUUAAACCUGUACUUAAAAUGGCUUUGUUUGCUGUGGGUACUGAAUCUUAGUAGCAGACUAUUUCUUUCUUCACACCGCUGCAGUAUUUUUACCAAACUCAGUGCUAGGAAUAUGAACAAAGCUGAUUCCUGAGACAACUAAGCACCAACAUUCUGGGAAGCUGUAGGCUAGAGCCAGGAUUACUGGUGGUCAACAAAUGAGAGAGAGGCAGUAGUGAUAGUGAAGCCACCAUAGGAUUUUUUUCGGUGACCAUUCAUCUGAAUCCAUUGUCACAUUGUAGGUGUCUGGCAAGACUCUAGCUUGUCAUCUCCUGGUUUAUCCCAGCCAGCUAGGAUAUGGACUGUGAUUUCAUCACAUUACUGUGUACAAAUAAAAAUAAAAAAUCCUUCCAGUAGCACCUUAGAGACCAACUAAGUUUGUCAUAGGUAUGAGCUUUCGUGUGCAUGCACACUUCUUCAGAUACACUGAAACAGAAGUCACCAGGCCCUUAUGUAUAGUCAGAGGGUGGGUGGGGGGUGAUGGGAAGUCUGGGGACUUCUUCUUCUUCUUCUUCUUCUUCUUCUUCUUCUUCUUCUUCUUCUUCUUCUUCUUCUUCUUCUUCUUCUUCUUCUUUUUAAAUUUUAUUGCACAAAAGAAAAUACAUACAUGUUGUUGUUGUUUAGUCGUGUCCGACUCUUCAUGACCCCAUGGACCAUAGCACGCCAGGCUAUACAUAUAUAUAUACAUACAAUGUGACUUCUGUUUCAGUGUAUCUGAAGAAGUGUGCAUGCACACUUUUUAAUUUUAUUUUGACUGCGUCAGACCAACACGGCUACCUACCUACCUGUAACCAUUACUGUGUACAGUCAGACUUGGAGCAUUCCAUGCAAAUGGCUGCUUCCAUAUUGCAUCUUUGCCACAUAUCAUCAAUUUUAGUUCUGCAUAAAUUCACCCAAAAGGUUUGUGUCAUUGUGACUUGUAUCUGAAUGUAGGUGACACUUGUAACACUUUGAGUAAAAGGUUGUUGGCAAAACAAUGCAAGUCAGGCUGUAGCACAAUUCCUCACAAAGUACGUUUCCGAGCACAAUUCAAAGUGUUGGUGCUGACCUUUAAAUCCCUAAAUGGCCUCGGUCCUGUAUACCUGAAGGAGCGUCUUCACCUCCAUCGUUCAGCCCGGACACAGGUCCAGCGCCAAGGGCCUUCUGACGGUUCCCUCGUUGCGAGAUGUGAGGUUACAGGGAAACAGACAAAGGGCCUUCCGGGUAGUGACCCCCUCCCUGUGGAACGCCCUCCCAUCAGAUGUCAAGGAAAUAAGCAGCUAUCCUAUUUUUAAAAGACAUCUGAAGGCAGCCCUGUUUAGGGAAGUUUUUAAUAUUUAAUGCUGUAUUUUUAACACUCGACUGGGAGCCGCCCAGAGUGGCUGGGGAAACUCAGCCAGAUGGGUGGGGUAUAAAUAAUAAAUUAUUAUUAUAUAAUCAAGUAGGCAUCACUCAGAUGUUUUGAAACAAACAAAAAAGAAUGCAAUAUCCAAUGUGGUUAUGAUGCAUGCAAAUUGAGAUUGUAAACUUUUUCAACUUAGUAUGUGCCUGUGGGGUUGCUUUCUGGAAGACAGCUCUUAAUAGCAUUGAAGUCACUGACCAAACUUUGCAAUCCACCCUUAUAGGUUGUAACUUGCAAUCUGUCAAAUCAGUCAUUUGCAAAAUUCUUAGAAUAUGCUUCAUAGGAACAUAGAAGCUGCCUUAGAGCAAGUCUGACCCAUAGUUCUUCUAGCUCACUGUUGCUUACUAGCCACAGUUAUCCAGGGUUUCAUAGAGGUCUUCCCCAGCCAGGAAUCAAGCCUGACAUCUUUUGAAAAUAAUGUAUGUGCUCUAUCUCUGAGCUUUAGCCAUUUGCCAGUCUUCCUUGCAUUUUGUAUCUGCUUUUAAGGAUCAGCCUGCAUUUUACAUCAUUGUAAGAGCUUUGCAGAGUCUUUAUUUCCAUUAUCUGUUGCUUAUGUGAAACACCAGAUAACUCUUUCUCCUGGGUAUUAAUGAAAAGCACUUGCUUAGAUAUUUAUCACCGUGGUGCAAUUUGAGAGUGUCUUACAUUUGUAUUUCUUGUUUUAUAAAGCAAGGCUUGUUUCACUGAAGUUUCCCGUUCUUAUAGCCUGAGGGUAUUUGGUAGAAGCUACUCAUACUAAUUUCUGUAGUUAGUGGGAGGAGUACCUUGAGCUUUACUGGAACUUAAUUUAAUAGACCUCUUCCCAUCACUGCUUUCAUUUUCAAGAAAUUCAGACGAAAGGACAAAAGCACACAAUUAGACUAGUGUUGUCACCCAGAUGAAGUAGUGGAGCAGUACUUAUGGCAGCAUUUCUUCCAGCCAAUUAAAAUACGGUAUAAUGUCACACAGACAUAUACAUCUGAUGGUGAAAACUGAAAGCUGUUUUUAGUAGCAUGACUAUGUUCUCUUGUAGCACCUGACACUCGGGCAGCCCAGAUGUAGAAGAGUAAUGGGGAACUUGUUCAACUAUGUGGACUACACUGGAAAUAUAAACAAACUUAAAGACUGAGGGAACACUAGAAGCAGUAACUUGCCUCUUCUCAAAGGCAAAAUUGUAGACAAUCACACCUACAAUGUAUUUCUUAGUACUGUUGGCAUUGCAAAGCAAUAACUUGUUUUGUCACCAAAUUUGCAAAACAGUCUCCGGCCCUAUGCCUUGAGAAGCAAGCAUUUGCAUAGCUUGUGGAAAAUCUUUCGCUCAGUGCUGUUGUGUUCCGUUCUGUGUCAGUUUUAAGAUUUAUUGCAUGGAACAGUUCUUUUUUCAAGUAGAAAGUUACACUUAGAAGAAAAUAUGCUGCUUGCAAAUCAAAAGUUCCAAGAAUUGGCUAGGCUUGGUGCAAUUAAAAUAUUUGAGAAGUUCUGUAUAUUGAUUGAAGGAAAGAUGGCCAAUGCAGAAUGAAAUAUUUAAAAUAUGUAAUAUAUUCUUUAAAGAGACUUGCUUAGUGUGUUAAGCAUGCAGCUUUGGAUUAUUGUUCUUGGAAUCAUACUAUGGAAAACAAAUGUAAGAAUCCAAAUUCUUUCUUUCUGUAUACUGUAUUUCUGUUUGGGGAUGUUUAAUAGCCGGUGGACCAGAAUUUUAAAACACUUUUAAGUAUUUUGUGUCUGAAUAAUUUAAAUGUCUUUUAGCUGGGUCUGAAAUUCCAUUUGACUUUGGGGUGGACAUGGUUGGUUGUUCACUAGUCUGCCCUUUUUAUAUGUAAGGCAGAGAAGUGGGUAGAGGGUGGGAUCUGAUUUUUAAAGAGGGUGAGUGAUACACCAGUGGGAGCUAGGAUGAUGGGGAUAAGGUUCACCCCCCCCCCUCAAAAGACCCCUCAUCCACCCCACUGCUAUGUACUGUUGGUGUAGUAGAGAUCUUAACUGACUAGACAGGUUUUUUACUUUUGAACUUUAGAAAAGCCUAUCAUUAUGUUGGAGGGAAAGAAUUGCCUUGGACACCGGCUGCAGUGCUAUCUUGCCAUUGAUAAAGCCAUUGAUUUCUGGAAUGCCUGAUGAUGACAGCAGCUAACUCAGAGGAGAGUCUGAGGGAGCCCUAAUGUUAAUGUCAUUGUGAAUCAUAGACUGUUAGGCACUGCAGGCAUGAAAUCUUUCAUAGCAGGCAUGAAAUCUUUCAUAGCAGCGAACAGUAUCUUAAAGCUUCAACUGCUGCUGGUAGUGCUAAGUGUGUCUAUAUUACGGUAGAUUGAAAUGAUGUUGCUGGGUAUGACUUUGUCUUUUGUACCAGGUUGUGGUUAGUUUUUUUUAUUAAAAAAAAUAACAAACUGAGUAUUCUUUAUUAACAAGUUUUUGUUUUUUGGGGGCUUCUGUUUCAAGGCAAAUCCCUAAAAUGCAAUAUAUCCUGGCUUGGAUAGCUCAGUUGGUUAGAACAUGGUGCUGUUAAUGCCAAGGUUGCAAGUUUGAUCCCCAUAUGGGACAGUUGCAUAUUCCUGCAUUACAGGGGAUUGGACUAGAUCAGGGGUCCCCAAACUACGGCCCGCGGGCCAGAUGCGGCCCAAUUGGCCUCCCAAUCCGGCCCGCGACGACCCCUGCCGCCCGCUGCCGGCGCCCGCUCUUGCGGUGCACAGCGCGGCAGCGCACUUCCAGAUCGGAAAAAAGUGCCGAAAUUUGUUUGUGCGCAUGCGUAUGGGCCUCUCCCGACCCAGAAGAGGUCAUUUUCGGUGCACUUCUGGGUCGGGGGGAGGCCCAUACGCAUGUGCACAAACGAUUUUCGGCGAUUUUUCUGACCUGGAAGCGCGCCACUGCGCCAGUAAGUGUGUGUGUGCGCAUGCGCACGGGCGCGCACUCCCCCGCCCUCCGGCCCGCUGCGCAAUCGGCGCGGCGGGCACCGGCCCAAAGCCGGGUAAGUCUGGGGACCCGUGGACUAGAUGAUCCCCCCAAACUGCGGCCCUCCGGAUGUUUUGGCCUACAACUUCCAUGAUCCCUAGCUAACAGGACCAGUGGUCAGGGAUGAUGGAGAUUGUAGUCCAAAACAUCUGGAGGGCCGAAGUUUGGGGAUGCCCGGGUUAGCACCACAGCCCUAUUGAAGUAAGUCAAUAGGGCUUACUCCCAGAAUUUCAACUUAAGUAUGGGAAUAUAGGAUCUUCCCAUCCUACCCAACCAAGGACUGAGAGAUUGUGGGGGGAGGGGGCUCGUUUAAUCUCACUGUAAACAAGUGGUACAGUGACAAUAAAGUAUUUCUAUUUCUAUUCUAUCUUGUACACUGGACAACUUUGUCUUCUCUUUUUCCAGUUUUGUUCCUUUCUGCUUCACUGCCUUGCUUCAACUCCACCCUCACAAAAAUUAAAGUGGUAAACAAACGGAAUGCUCAUGACUAAUAGGGAAAAGUAUGGUCAGAUAAUGAGUGGCCAGAUGAGAGCAGUUUAUUUUCAUCAGGUGAGAAUGAAUGGGCUAUCUUUUGUAGGUAGAUUACAAUGUGAAUUGGGACUUCCCUCUCGCUCCACAUUCUAUUUUAGGCAAAUUCUUGUGAGAACAUCUGAUGUCUGCAAGUUCAGCCUUUCCAAAUCUGUUGCUCUCCAGAUGUUCUCUACCACUCCCUGACCAGUGGACACACUGACUGGGGCUGAUGGGAGCUAGAGACCAACAACAUCUGGAGUGAAAUAAUAAUUCAGUAGGUGUUGUUCUGUCAAAUUAAAAUAUAAAUACAGUUUCUGGUUUUGUGCUUUGAAAUCUUUUAACACACUAUAGUAGAUUGUAUUAAUAUUAUAAUCACACAUAAAGGGUACAAUAUAUUUGAUUUGAAGCGCCUGGUACCCAAGUGUUCUUCCCCUUUAUGUGGUUUAUUUACUUUGAAAGUGCUUGCAGCCCUAAUUUGCAAGUAUCUUUUGGUAUGCUUUCUUCCAUCUGCUCAAAUGCAGAUUUGUUGUGAAAAGAAAUAGAUUGCUGUUUCUUUAAGGCAACAAUUAAAUAGGGAGGGGUGAGGGUAAUGUUUUGACUGCUGGCAUUUGUGGCCUCUUGGCAGUGUUUCAUAUUCCUUUCGCUUGCGUAAGAGGUGGACCGGCUCUACUGUAGCUACUGUUGCCAUGGAGAGAUAGCGGGGGAGGAUUCCUAGGAUCCCUAAGCCUGUGAGAGAUUACGUUUUAGAAUUGCUCUCCGAAUAUAGCAUGAGAAGUGGCAGGGCAAUUCAGGUGUAUUAUGGCACUGAUAAUGGGGAAUGACCUGUCAGCUGUUGGGUAAUGUGACUAUCAAAUGCUCUAUUGUAAUAGAAAAUGGGGAAAGGAAUAAAGCCGUGCAUAUGAGUUGGUUUCAAAAGGGAGAGGAUUAUGAAUUGUUGUGUUGGUGGGUGUCUCUUAAACAAUGUUGCAUUCCUUGGGUAAAAUGGAGAAGUUUGCAAUAUUGUGGUGGGUAUAAGGAAAAGGAGAACACACCUAUGUUGCCUCUAUCUUGUACUUGUUAUAGAUUUGGCUGUCACAUGGUCAAACUUUAAAAUCUGCAGAUUUUACGAUGGUAGUUCAAUUGUUUUCAAUCUCGUAAGAGGUUACAUUUGGUAAUUGCCUAUAGUGAAAGUUUUAUAAGUGCAUGUAACCCGAAAUAAAUCUCUAUUUAUGUGGAGGCUGUUAGUAAAUACUAUCUCAGUGCAGCAAAUGUUGUGCCAGCCCAAGAGCUAGUCAUUGAGGGAUUUGUAGCAUGAAUGGAAGCAGGAACAGAGGAAGGCUUUGUCUGCUUUGACAAAAUUGAAGAAGCACAAAAAGAACUUAAUGAAACGGAAGACUCACAGAAAGAAAUCUCCAAGGCUGCUACAAGAGGGAGCACAGACACAGUUAAAGGUGUGAAACGUAAAAAGAUUGUAACUGAGAAUCACCUGACGAAAAUACCAAAAUCGCCUUUGAGAACUCCAGCUCGGGCAAAGCCUAAAGAAAAAGUAGAAGAGCCUUCUUCAUUGUCUAACAUCCUUCCUGAUACUUCAGAGCUCCUAAAAGAAGUGCACAGUUUGGCAACGCAGAAUGGGAAACAAAACAAACAAAAUGAGGGGGUGCUUAGCAGUGAGGUAGCUAUUAAAACAUCCAAACCUGAGACUUCAGUGCACCCCAAAUUGUCUCUGUUACCUCAAUCCUUGGACUUGAAUAAAUGGCCAGUAGAAGACCACAGUUCAUCCCAGUUAAACUUAACAGUGAAGAAGGGUUCCACUAGCUCAAGUGCAGCCAAGGCUGACAAUAAUGAAUGUAUUACUUUUGUUGAUUGUAGUCAUUCAUCCUCAUGUACAAAUACUGCAUUCGAUGUCUUACUGAAAGCUAUGGAGCCUGAGCUGAACACCUUAGCACAAGAGUGCCCUUUCAGUGGGAUGCAAAUAGAAAAACUGAGACCAAAUAAAACUGCAAGCGCCUCUUCUUGUCUCACAUCCAAUACACUGAGUGUCCAAAGUCAUGUCGCUUUGGUGCAGCCAGAAUUUGUAGCUGGAUCUCAAUUUCUUCCUUGCACUUCACAGACUGUGCAUGUAGCAACAUCAGGGAAGAGUGAACAAGCACAGAUGCCCUCAGCUGAUCACUCACAAGAGCAAGUUCUUGCUAAAGCUGGGCAACAAAACCAACAAAUUGCUCCAUGUCAGAGCUUCACUAAUUCUCUGGUGCAACAGCCGAACCUGGAAAAUCUCAAAGUCCAGAAUAUAUACAGCAUAGCAGUAACCUCUUCAAUAAUGAGCCCCCAAUCCUCUGUUACUCAGGCUUUUUCUCAAAACCAGCUAGUAGCAAAAUCUCCGUUGUCAGUUCAUCCCUCUAGCUCUACCACCCAGUUAUCUAUAGCUCCCUUGUACAACUCAGCCCAGAUAGCUUCAGUUGUCAGCCAUGGUGUAGAACAAAUAUGUAACCUUCUAAAAGUCCAGAAGCCUAAAAAACUAGGGAAAUAUGUCUGUGAGUAUUGUAAUAGGGCUUGUGCCAAGCCCAGUGUUCUCCUAAAGCACAUCCGCUCCCACACAGGAGAACGACCAUAUCCUUGUGAGACUUGCGGAUUUUCAUUUAAGACCAAAAGCAAUCUGUAUAAGCACAAGAAGUCUCAUGCUCAUGCUAUCAAACUUGGACUUGUCCUCCAGCCAGAUUCUAGUGGGUUUCUCUCCCAUGAAUCUGACAAAGCACUUAGCAUCCAUUCAGAUGUGGAAGAAAGUGGUGACAGUGAUGAUGAAGGCACAGCUGAUGAAAGACAAGAAGACCAAGGAUCAUUAGAAAUUGAACCUGUGCAUGUAGUGAAAAUACCUUCCAAUUCUGACUCAUUGCACAAAGGUAGUCCCAUUUCUUUAAGGAAUCCGGAAUAUAUGCUGGGUGACUCCUCAUUCCAGGACUCAUCUAUGCAACCAAGGACAGCUUUACCCAAGGUGAUUGUUUGCCCUGCUAAUGUAUCUCCUUUGAGAUCAGAUAGCCCCAAAGUAGCAGAUCCCACCUCUACACUUUCUAAAACACAACAACAAGGGGACUUGAAAGUAACAAAUGUGAAACCAAAUUUAACACGUGUGCUGGUAAAUGAAUCUGAUGCUAAGCAACAUCAGAAAACUGAAACAAGCGUUUCCGAGGAACAGCUUGGGACCCCUGUAGGGACAGCAAUACAUGCACAACUACAAAGACAGCAGGCAACAGAUUGUUCUCAGGAUCAGCAAGUAAAAUGUCUCUUGAGCCCCAGAAGUUUAGGUAGCACUGAUUCAGGCUACUUUUCACGUUCAGAAAGUGCUGAUCAGACCAUGAGUCCACCAGCUCCAUUUAUGAAAGGACUGCCUUCUUCCGAAAAAGACUCAAGUAAAAGUUGUGUGCCACGAAUGAGCACCACUGUGGCAUCUGUUGUGCAAACCAUUUGUGCUGACAAGACCUUGCUUUCAUCUGGCCAGAUGAGACCGCCUCUGGCCACAAAAACACUUGAAGAACGCAUUUCAAAGUUAAUAUCUGAUAAUGAGGCUGUAGUGGAUGACAAACAGUUGGAUAGUGUGAAGCCACGGAGAACAUCCCUUUCAAGAAGAGGCAGUAUUGAUUCUCCAAAGUCCUACAUUUUUAAAGACUCAUUUCAGUUUGACCUAAAGCCUAUGAGUAGAAGGACUAGCUCAAGCUCCGAUAUUCCAAAGUCUCCUUUUACACCUACUGAGAAAUCAAAGCAGGUUUUUCUGCUGUCUGUACCAACUCUUGACUGUUUACCUAUAACGAGAAGUAAUUCUAUGCCAACUACCAGUUAUUCAGCUGUACCUACAAAUGUAAUACCUCCCCCUCACCCCCUACGUGGAAGUCAGUCUUUCGAUGAUAAAAUUGGCUCCUUGUAUGAUGAUGUCUUUGUGCCAGGACCUGCUACUCCACAGCUCCAAGGUGGACACCCUCGCACCCUUGUUCGGCAAGCAGCAAUAGAAGAUUCUUCAGUCAGUGAAGGGCACACUUUUGGACAAACACGAUCUGUAGAUGAAAGUUAUGGAUGCAGCACAUCAAGUGAAUUUUUAAUGUCAAGAAGCAAAUCAUUUGUACAAGGGUCAACUAUGGAUAAAAAAAAGUCACAACAAGGCCGAGGGACAAUGUUUGAGUGUGAGACUUGCAGAAACAGAUAUAGAAAACUGGAAAACUUUGAAAACCACAAAAAGUUCUAUUGUUCAGAGUUACAUGGACCAAAAACCAAGGCAGCUAUACGAGAUUCUGAGCACAAGACGGUCUUGAACAGUACACAACCCCAAAUUCUUCACUAUCGAGUUGCCACUUCAACCGGUGUCUGGGAGCAGACAUCUCAGAUAAGAAAAAGGAGGAAAAUGAAAAGUGUGGGAGAUGAUGAUGAUGAACUGCAGACAAAUGAUACAAGUAGUAGUUUGUCAAAGAGCAUAGCUGGGUCAGAGUGUCAAAACAAACUCGGAAAUACAAUCAGUGUCUCCAAACACACUGCCGCUGUUCUAGGUUCACGUAGUAUUUCCCUACAGAAACUGGCACAAGAUGAGCUGGAGACUCAUGGCGCAGAGCAGACUGUGGGGCCAAAGUUGAUGUUGCAUGGGGAGAAUCAGGCUGUUCCAGUGGCACCAGAAAAAAAAGAACUGAAAAGACAAGCCGGGAUUUCAGUAAUUCAGCACACAAACUCCUUAAGCAGACCUAGUUCAUUUGAAAAAUCAGAUUCAUUUGAAAGGGUAUCGCCAGUUUCCCUUCAGGAUGCUAACAAAUCUGUGAAGCUCCAUUCCUUGAGUACCAUUAUAGCUCAAGAGGAGAAACAUUCUCUCCUGAGUCCCUCCCACCGUCCUCAAGUAGCAGAAGCCUCAAGAGUUCAGCUGCAUGAACGUCAAGUCACUUCUAAUGAAAAGAAUGCACCAAUGCAACCACUAAGACUUGUUCGCCAGCAUAACAUCCAGGUUCCUGAAAUACUGGUGACAGAAGAGCCUGAUAGAGAUCAGGAAAGCCAAUGCAGUGAUCAGGACAAGACAGAAAAAUUUAACUGGCCGCAGCGUAGUGAAACCUUAUCAAAGCUACCCACAGAAAAACUUCCACCAAAAAAGAAAAGAAUUCGCUUGGCUGAAAUGGAGCAUUCUUCUGCUGAGUCAAGUUUUGAAUCUACGCUUUCUAGAAGUCUCAGUCGGGAGAGUAGCUUGUCACGUGCAUCUAGUUUCUCAAAUUCUUUUGAUAAAGAUGACGUAUCUAAGAAUGAGAUUGCUUCCAAAGCAGAGCCUACAAAUAAAUCCUUGGAAUUUCUCACAAUUCCUACAAGUUCAAAUACGCUUGGUGUGCCUGGUCCUCAUUUCAGAGAAAUGCGACGUGCUGCUUCUGAACAAAUUAACUGUACCCAGCCGUCCAUGGAAGUUGCCGAUUACAGAAGCAAGUCAUUUGACUGUGGAAGUGCAGUUCCAUCCAAGCCUGCCUCACUUCUAGAGAUAUCUACUUCUAAACUGACUUCUGGCAGUGGACAUGUACCUUUGUUAGAAAGGAGAAGGGGCCCCCUUGUAAGACAAAUAUCUUUAAAUAUUGCUCCAGAAAAGAAUCAGCCUGAUGUCAUGUCAAGUACUUCUUUUCAAAUAAGUCCUGCAACAGAUAUUUCCUCAGUGUCCUUGCAGAGGUUGCAGGGCUCUGGGAAACCCGAGGAAUUGUCUUCAAGUUCUCAGAACCCCCAGACUUACAUCAAGCCUUUGCGUGAGUCGCAGUCAGUGAAGAGCAACAACUCUCUUAACCCGCCUUCUAGUGAACGGUCUUUAGGCUCUAGUUUACAUCAUCCUGGUCAGCAAGCUUCACUCAAUCAGUAUUCCCAAUCAGCUUUCAAGGGAUCAUCACUUGGAACUCAGAAAAGCAUGAGCAUGGUUGCUGGUCAGCAUAGUAUGCAAGAAGACUGUUUUGCUCCCAAAUAUCAGCUUCAAGUUAAAGCACUGCACAUAGGAAAGCAAUAUCCUUUAGGUCUUCCAGGUGCAGCUGGCACAGAGCAGACUGGGUCUUCAUUUGAAAUACAUACUAAACUGAAUGACAAAGUGUCCAAGCCAUAUGUGGCACCACCCUUGCAACGAACUGCUCCCAAUAAUUGCAGUGGUGGAAUGUAUCAUGUUGCACCCUUCAUCCCCGUGCGCAUUCACAGUAAUAUUCCAUCAUAUGGUUUGGCUGCUGUUGCACCCCUUCCUCAAAUUUUGGUAACACGGGAUCAGGUAAACCAGUCUCUCUGUAAAAUAAACACUGCAUCAGUGCCAACAGUCAAAGAUCAAACUCAGCUGCCAAAAUCCCACAAAGAUCAUCUGAGGUGUUUGCCAAGUUCACAGCCAGCAUCUGUGUUUGAAAAUUUGAUUUGUGAGACAGAAAGCAAAAAUUCAGCUUCCCUGGGGUCCUCAAAUAUGAUUCAGAAAGUGCCAGUUGGUGGACUUUUCCCUCAGCAGGAAGCCACAGCCUCAAGUAAGCGCAUGCUCUCGCCAGCCAAUAGUUUAGACAUUGCCAUGGAAAAACACCAGAAGCGUGUUAAAGAUGAAAGUGGAGCUGCUUGCACUACAGGUACUAUGUCACUGCAUCCUUUGACCGUAAAGGCUAGCGAACCUAACAAGCAAAAAAAGCCGCUCUUAGUGCGGCAGAUCUGCACAGUUGAGCCCCUAGAAGGUUUCUCAUUAGAUCUAGAUGAUAAAAGCACUGGAGCUGGUGAUUCGUCAGAUCUUCUGCUGCCUGGUUCAGCUGAAUCUGCUCGGUGUGGGGCUUCUUCACUCAUAAAGGAGCCUUUAGAAUACGAUAACCCAUCGAUCUCUGAAACUGGAAGGUUUGCAGUCAGAAAGUCAGCUGAAUCUACUUCACUGAAUAGUCAGACUUCCUUUCUAAAGGUUCCAGAUAACAGUCAAGAGAGGAUGUCCCCAGAAGUGAAUGAUGAUAAGCAGUCCAGUGUUUUGAGCCAAGCAAAAUCUGGAGCUGCUUUGUCCGUCGUGAAUGCGGAUGAUAUACAGCGACUAUCUUUUCCAAGCCUAAAGACUACAACAAACUUUACAUGGUGUUACUUGUUAAAAAGGAAGCCUGUGCAUCUGUUGCAAAAUGACCAAAAGACUUCAGUUUAUUCUUCUUGGUCUGUCAGUCCUGACAAUCCCAAUCCACUUGGUUUGCCGACAAAACUUGCUCUUUCCCUUCUGAAUUCAAAACAGAAAGCUGGAAAACCAUCUUAUACUCUAGCAAUAAGUACCAACUUCAAAUCUGACAUACUGGUCUACUCGAGCAAGUGGAAGAACAACUUACUUAAGCGGGCAUUAGUUAAACAAAAGGCAGCAAGGGAAUUCAGCAAUAAAGAAAACUCUGAAAUAAGCACUGAUCAAGAUAAUGAUAAUUCCUUAGCCAAAAGUGAGCCAAGAAGAGUGAAAAUAUUUGAUGGAGGAUACAAGUCAAAUGAAGAAUAUGUCUAUGUUCGUGGGAGAGGAAGAGGAAAAUAUAUAUGUGAAGAAUGUGGAAUACGCUGUAAAAAGCCCAGUAUGUUGAAGAAACAUAUUCGCACACACACAGACGUCCGUCCCUAUCACUGCAACUAUUGCAAUUUUUCCUUCAAAACCAAAGGAAACUUGACAAAACAUAUGAAGUCCAAGGCACAUAGCAAAAAAUGCAUGGAUCUGGGAGUCUCAGUGGGAUUAAUAGAUGAUCAGGAUGUAGAAGAAUACGGUGAAAAGCAGCGGCUGGGUUAUGAUCGGUCCGGAUUUGAUGCAGAGGAUUCAGAAGGGCCAGAUGAUGAUGACAAUGAUAACGAAGAUGAUGACGAAGACAGCCAAGCUGAAUCAGUUUUAUCUGCCACUCCCUCCGUUUCAGCCAGCCCACAACAUCAUCCAUCUAGAAACAUUUCUCAGGAGAUCUCAAGUGCUGAUGAAGAAAUCAGAAUUGCAGAUUGCUUUGCUGGGGUUCACACAGACUCUAUGGAUGGGCUGCCCAAAGCACUUCUCACAAAGAUGACGGUACUUAGUACAGUGCAGUCGGACUGCAGGAGCUCAGGGCCACUGGUUACAGCUGUUCCCAGAGAAGCAAACGAAGGAAAUGUGCAAGACAGAGCAACAAGCACAGAUCCUGCUGUCUCCUCUGAGACUGUUCCCAAGUCUCCAUGCCAUCAGAUGUACGUGGACUACCCAGAAGAAGCAUUGGGAAGUUCUGCUAUUGCUCCUACUGUUACGACAGUAACUUCCAAGAGCACAACUUCUACAAGACUUCCUUCUCCACCCGUUGACCAGAGUACACAAACCUCCACGGUUGUUCCUUCAAUGGCCUCGCCUUUCCCAGAGAUGCAACUGCAGAAGCCCGAGGAGCAUCAGCAACAGAUCAUGAAAUCAGCACCUCCUCAGACUCACCUGUUUAGCCACCUCCCUUUGCAUUCACAGCAACAAACCAAGACCCCUUACGGGAUGAUUCCAGUGGGGGGAAUCCAUGUGGUACCUGCUGGCUUGGCCACAUACUCGACUUUCCUCCCCAUUCAGGCUGGGCCAGUACAGCUCACUAUUCCCGCCGUUAGCGUGAUCCACAGAACUACAAGUGCACUUGGCGACCCAGCAUGUGCAAUGUCCGGCACUGCAAAUCAUCUCAGCGUUGCUGAAAUGAACAGCGUUGUUCCUUGCAUCCCAAUAGGCCAGAUCAAUGUGCCAGGAAUCCAGAGCCUGAGCGCACCAACCCUGCAGCCUCUUCCGUCGUUGAGCAUGGAGACGGUGAACAUCUUAGGCCUGACGAACACCAACAUCACACCGCAAAUACACCCUUCGGGAUUAACGCUGAAUGCUGUAGGCCUACAAGUGUUGACUGCAAAUCCUUCCCCUCAGAGCAACUCAAGCCCUCAGACGCACAUUCCAGGUCUGCAAAUAUUAAACAUAGCACUGCCGACUUUAAUCCCUUCGGUCAGCCCUGUGACUGCAGAUGGGCAGGGCAUUCCAGAAACACCAGCUUCUAGUAGCAAGGCCUCCGAAACUCGUCUACAUCAGGGUCCUGCAAGUGUCGCUGGCGAUGCUGCUGCUGCUCCAGUCACCAGUGCUACAUCUCCUCAGGUGGGACCCACCGACCAGCAGUACAGCAUUGAAAGUCGUUUGGAGGCUGAUCCUUCAAGCGGGUACCAACGGCACGAUAGCCCAGGUAAACUGGACACUGAAAAGCCUGACUCACAGAGUCAUACGAAACCAAAGUGCAAUAUCAAUUCUGUUCAGGUCGAACAGGCUUCUGCUUCAGAGCCUCCUAUGAAGGUGAAUUCUGACGUUUUACCCAAUUGCCCCAGACAUCGGACUGUCUCUCUAGAUAGACAAGCGCAUAGGCGGAAAGGGUUGCCCGAGAGGCAAAAUACUGUGGAGUUUAGUGACGGCAGCAGCGACGAUGAGGACAGACUUAUAAUAGAAACCUAGGGUUUUUUGGUUUUACGUUGGGUUGUGUGUGUGUGAGUGUUUGUUUUUCGUUUUUUUUAAAGUAACACAGGUUUUCCUGCAAACCUCCCUUUUACUUAAAGCACAUUUUUUUCUGACACAAACUCAUUACUAAUCUUUGUGCAAUCAUGAAUUUUUGACCAAUAAUUGUUGUUUCUUGUCAGCUCCGGCCAUUUUUGUACAUGUUGUAUAGACAAUUGUGCCUUUUUUUUGGAGUUUUAUGUUUUAGAAUACUGUACAGAUUGUCAAAAUUAUAUAUAUAUUAUAUGUAUAUUAAAACCAAGUAGUUACUUGUGUUUCGUAAGUAAAACAAAAUAAAUAAAAAAAUCUUACGUCGGAUGAAAUAAAUGAUUAAAUUAUAUGUUGCACUGUUAAAUGUAAAUUUUUAUGGCUGUGGGGCGAAGUUUGUGUGUACAGAUUUGAGUAUGUACAACUCCAUAUUUAUUGUAUCCAUAUUAGUAUUGGGGAAAGGGUAUGUCCAUCUUUCUUGUGUAUGACUUUAGCUUUACACUUAAAAACAAACUCCCGUAUCUGUGUUAUUGAAUUAUUUCAGUAAAAAUUUUGUUUACUGACUUUA